GGAUACCCGAUCACCCAACUGUCGGAAAUCAAAUCCAGCUGACGCAAAUCAAAUCCAAAACUCUCCACCGUCGCAAAUGUUGGCGGCAAAGAGGAAGUGACGUAAUACACAUGCGCGCGAUUAGGGCGUGGUUAGGGAAAGGGGAUCGGGGACUGACACGCAGAACCCGAAUUUGGACACAGUCUAUGCUUGCAACGAAGGAUGGACGCGCUGACGUCACUGCGGUGAAAGAGCUCUGACGUUAGCGCGUUCAUCUGCCGUCAACGUAGGAUGACGACAGAUGUUGUCACUAAUCGUAGCGGUAAAUGUUUCGCUGUCAAUGAUUCCCUCACUGCGUGUCAGAAUGACAAGUUCACACGGAAUAAAGUAUCGUCCAAAAAUCAUUUAACUACACCCGAUUUGUCUGUUGGCCAAAAGUUCUCGCAUUCAUAAAACGAGACUCAAAACGUUCUUUGAAAGAACACGUUAAAAGCACCGGAAACAAGAAUGUCCAGAGAGGAGGGAAGCGGACGCCCCAUGCGGGAAAUGUCGGGAGAGGAGGGAAGCGGACGCCCCAUGCGGGAAAUGUCCAGAGAGGGGGGGCGCAGUUGCCUCCUGAUGCUGCAAAAACUCUCAGGAGAGGAAGCCUACCUCCUGAGGGCGCUGAAACCGAAGGAAAUCUUCCAGCUCGUGCACGGAUGUGCUGGCCAGCAGACGGAGACGAAACUGGCUGGGCUGAAAGAAGAACUCAGUCCAGAGGUCGUGGAAGGCGUGCUGGAAGGGCUCUUCCAAGCACUCACCACGGAAAGUGAAAGGAGCGAGAGCUUCUCCUCCGCAGAGAAAAGUAGAUCCAACAAAAAAGAGGUGUGGAAAAAGAUCAAGGAGCUUUACCACACCCUCAGCCAGUGCAAACCAUCAGAGGGCGGGGUUUCUGGCCUGAAACUACUGACUCCAAAAGAGGGAUCUGAAAGACUCAAACGGGGGGUUAAAAUCAUAAAAACAGCCCUUCCAUGUUUCAAAGGGGAAAAGCGUGAGGAGGAAGAAACAUCCGAACAAGCGCAGUCUCCAGAAACACAGGCAGAGCCUGCAGAAGAAGCUGCAGUGAAAGCUGCAGAAGAAGCUGCAGAAGACCCUCAGCACGUAGUGGAGGUUUCAAAAGAUGAAAGCCAAUCUCCACAGAUGUGCUUUCGUUCUAAAAAACUUAUAAAAGCAGGUGACAGAUUAAAAAAGAGGACACGCGCAAGACUCUCAGGGUUAAUGAAACCUAUAAGGGCACGCAGGAGUAAAAGAGUCCAUUCAGGAGUCAAAACGCAAACCUCAGGGAGGGAGAAGCUGAGAAGACGGAUAGCUAAGCUGUCUUCGUCACGCGUCCCCAGCCUAAAGGCAGGAAAAAGAUCUGUCUCCAGAAUGAGAGCUGCUGGUUCCACCAUGCUGAGAAAAAGCCUGGGGAAAGUGCAAAACGCAGAUCUAACUUCCUGUCUUCCCAUGGAAUCAGGAAAAAGAUCUGUCUCCAGAAUGAGAACUGCUGGUUCCACCAUGCUGAGAAAAAGCCUGGAAAAAGUGCAAAACACAGAUCUAACUUCCUGUCUUCCCAUGGAAUCAGGAAAAAGGUCUCUUGAAAAAUUCAAAGCGACCACUGUCAAGCUCCUGAAGAAAAGUCGGGAAGAAGUUCACAGUCCCAAAGAGGAUGUUGAAUCAGAAGAGGA